AUAAAUAAACACAUUGGGAAGGGAUUUUAAUUGUAACACAAACUUGAAGAAGAUGAAGAAUGUUAUGGUGGUUAUUGACGAAAGCAACUCAAGUUAUGAUGUACUCGUUUGGGUUCUUCAAAAUCUUAAAGCUAUUAGUGAUAGCAAUAAACUUCUGAUCUUUGCAAAACAGCCACAAAGUUCUGUUACUCCUAUCUCACUAUCUUCAUCAGUGGCCUUUGCUCAACUUUUCUAUCCGUUUUCACCCAGUGGAGAAUUCAUAAGACUAGCUCAACAAAAGAAUAUGAAGAUUGCUCUGGGUAUACUAGAGAAAGCCAAGAAGAUAUGUGGAAAUCAUGGGAUUAAAGCAGACACAUUCACUGAUGUCGGAGACCCAAAUGAGCCAAUCCACAAGAUAAUUCAAGAGCGAAAGGUCAAUUUACUAGUUAUGAGCGAUCAACAAAACCAAAGUCUCAAAAAGUGUUUACACAAUACAUAUUGCUCUCUUCUUGUCGUGGAGAAAGGAAUUCGUAUAAAUUAGUGAUUCGCUAAACUUAAUGGUGGUACGAACUACUAAAUCUUUAUAUAAUUUGUAUGCAUGCGAUUAUGUAAAAUAUAUGAUUGUUAUAGUUUGGGGUUAUUGAACUUUUGACUGUAUGUAUAUUAUUAAUAAAAUAUGAUAUUGUAAUA